GAUCUUGGCUCACUGAUUCAAUUGGAAGACUGUGGCUUGGCAGAUGGUUCAGUUACAAUAUGACUGAAAGUAUGUAUAUCACAAUUCAGGGUAGCUUGUAAUAAAUGCAUUAUUAUCUAACACUUGCUGGAUUAAAGAAGUGCCAUUGCUAAACAAUUUGUAUCUGGGAACCGGAAUAGCACAAACGUGGGGUUUAUAUUUUGCAACAGGGAGAUUGAAUAAAUAUAGGAGAGAUAACAAGGCUUUUCAAGAAGAGCAAAGGAAGUAAGGCGUCCGCGGGUGCGGAGAGGGAGAGAACGUGUAAGGUAUAGAACACCUACAGCGAAAAGAAACGGAAUUCCAGAAGAAAAUCCAUUCGCUGAAACACUGAAUUACCCGACACAUACGAUUGAUUUGUUUUCUAACUCUCUGCUGUCCACGUCGUCGCUGUUUACAGUUCUGAACCCCGUGCGCUGUAACUGUGUCCAGCCUCUACAUUUCAGCACCUCGGACAGCAACUCCCUGUUGCACAGCCGUAUUAGGACCCUGGAGCUGCUCUUGCUCGUGCACUGCGCACAGCUCCGCCCACACUAAUGCCCACAAACUGAUUCAGUAGAGCUUGAGACUUUGCCUGCGCCGAGUCUUGGUGCUGAGUCCUGAUGCCGCUCAAAGGGGAUACGACUCUUUGAAACUGCUGCCCUCUAUAUUAUCUGUUUCUCGUGCACUUUGCUGCUCUGGAUUAUUGAAGGCAAGAGUAUCCCAGCUAGCAUGUUUAGUCUCAUGCUCAGAAAACGCAAAGGAACCUGAAGGAGCUGCAGCGUUUGAGCAACUCAUUCUUGAUGUGAUAAAAGUGUUGGAUCUUGUUCUGUACAUGAAACAACAGUUGGAACAUUAUACAGAUCCACGUCUGGAAGCAGAUCCUGCAUUGCUAGCAACACCAAGCCCCAUUCUUUUCAUUAAGUGUUCAUCCAGGAAAGAGCAAGAAUUAGGAAUUUCUAUGUGGUUUCCUUUUCUUUGUGCCUCUUCCCAAAAUUUCUUUCUAUUCACCUCAUACAAUCUUUAGUUAUUAUGUCUGCAAGGCUCCUAGUGGUUUUCUUUCUACUGUCAGUUUUUCAAGCCUGCUCCAGGAAGAUUGAAGAUGAUGAAUAUGAAGAUCUAACAAUGAACCAAAAAUGGGUGCUUGCUCCUAAAACUCAAGACACGGAUGCCACACUGAUUCUUAACAAGCUACUAAAAGAAUACGACAAGAAAUUAAGGCCAGAUAUUGGAAUUAAGCCAACAGUUAUUGAUGUGGAUAUUUACGUCAACAGUAUUGGGCCAGUGUCUUCAAUUAAUAUGGAAUACCAAAUAGAUAUAUUUUUUGCUCAGACAUGGACUGACAGUCGACUCAGGUUCAACAGCACUAUGAAAAUCUUAACUCUAAAUAGCAAUAUGGUCGGAUUAAUCUGGAUCCCUGAUACCAUUUUUCGGAAUUCUAAAACAGCAGAAGCUCAUUGGAUUACAACCCCCAAUCAACUUCUUAGGAUAUGGAAUGAUGGGAAAAUUUUGUAUACAUUAAGGCUUACUAUUAAUGCAGAAUGUCAGCUUCAACUGCACAACUUUCCAAUGGAUGAACACUCAUGUCCACUCAUCUUCUCCAGCUAUGGUUAUCCAAGGGAUGAAAUGGUCUACAGAUGGAGAAAAAAUUCAGUGGAAGCUUCUAAUCAGAAAUCUUGGAGACUCUAUCAGUUUGACUUUAUGGGCCUCAGGAAUACAACUGACACUGUGAAAACAUCAGCAGGUGAUUAUAUUGUAAUGACGGUGUAUUUUGAUUUAAGCAGACGAAUGGGAUACUUCACCAUUCAAACUUAUAUUCCUUGCAUAUUAACAGUUGUAUUAUCAUGGGUGUCAUUUUGGAUCAAAAAAGAUGCCACACCAGCAAGAACAGCAUUAGGCAUUACAACAGUACUGACAAUGACAACUCUCAGUACAAUAGCAAGAAAAUCCUUACCGCGGGUUUCAUAUGUCACAGCUAUGGAUCUCUUUGUGACUGUGUGCUUCUUAUUUGUAUUUGCAACACUAAUAGAGUAUGCAGCACUUAGUUACUAUUCAAGCUGCAAAAAACCAAGACGUACAAAGAAGAAAAAAUCGAACUAUUCUGUUUUGGACAUGAGACCACCUCCAACAGUCAUCACUGUAAACAAUUCUUUGUACUGGCAGGAGUUUGAAGAGGCGUGCGUCUAUGAGUGCCUGGAUGGUAAAGACUGUCAGAGCUUUUUUUGUUGUUACGAUGAAUGUAAAUCUGGUUCAUGGAGAAAAGGAAGAAUUCACAUAGACCUUUUAGAACUUGACUCAUAUUCAAGAGUAUUUUUCCCUACUUCAUUUCUGUUAUUUAAUCUUGUCUACUGGGUUGGAUAUCUUUACCUUUAAAGACUACUAUUUUAAAGACAACUAUAUUUUCAAUUAUUUGCAAGUGCCCGUGGAGGAGAUGAAGGACUACGAAAAUUUCAUCUUAAACUUUCCACGGAUCACUUUGGAUUAUUUUCACAUGAACUUGGGGGAGAAAACAUUUUCCCAAUGAACUCUAUUUGCAGAAAACUGUGUAUUGUUAUUGACAACACCAGAAAACUUUUUACCACAAAAUAACACUUAUAACUUCUUAUAUUCCAAAAGUCUAUAUUUGACAUAGAAAACAAUACUGAAAAAAACAAAUAUUCAAUAAGAAAAAAAAAUGCAAAUUAUCAUUGCUACAUUUUAUUAAAUUGUCUUUAAUUUAUAUAUUAAAAGGAUUUCUUUAUUCUUUUUUAAUUAAACGGUACUAGCACUGACCAAAAAUACAAACUGAACGGUAAAAUAGGUUGUUUUCUUUUACAGGAAAUUCAUCAAAAAAGUUACUUCACAAAUGUCAGAGCUACUAGUAACCUAUUAGAAUAUUUCAAAAUAUUGUCUCUCCAAAUUAUAGUAGGUAAUAUAAUUCUCGAAAAGCCAACUUAAAAAUAUACAGUAUGACUGUGCUAAAUACUGGCAGAUAUAAUACUGAGUGAUUGCUGCUCAUAUAUAGCACGUCCCUAAUUAGAGUUUAGAGAAACAUUUGCAACUGAAUAUCUAACAGCUGAAAAACACACAAUUUUCUCAUCAUAAAAUAAGCCGGUCUUAACACAGAGUAUCAAAGUUUAGGCAAAUAAGCACUAAGUACGUUUUAUUUAAGGGUGUUGUAAUAUUCUAGUACUGUAUGACUUUUGUAUUACAGAAUAACAAAGGAACUGAAAACCAAGUUAUUACUUUAUUUUACAAAAAAUGCUCAGGGAGAGCUUUUUUAUAUUAUCAUCAAUGUAUUGACUAAGCAAAUCACUAGAGAAGUUUUGCCUUAAUAUUGAACACUAUUUUAAAACUUCAGUUUUAUUUGAGCAGUACAUUAGUGAGAAAACAAUGGUUGAGCAGUUGUUUAAAUUAAAGGGAUACUGUCAUGGGGAAA